AUGAGAUGUAGGUGUGCCCAUCCCAAUGACUGGCUCUGUAUCUUUCAGGUUUGGCCCCAUAAAGACUUCCCUCUGAUUCCUGUGGGACGCCUCGUGUUGAACCGAAACCCUGUCAACUAUUUCGCUGAGGUCGAGCAGCUGGCGUUUGAUCCCAGUAACAUGCCUCCCGGUGUUGAGCCCAGCCCGGACAAGAUGCUGCAGGGGCGUCUAUUCUCAUAUCCAGACACACAUAGACAUCGGCUUGGAGCGAAUUACCUCCAACUGCCUGUCAACUGCCCCUACCGCACCCAUGUGGCAAACUACCAGAGAGACGGACCCAUGUGCAUGUACGACAACCAGGGGGGGGCUCCUAACUACUUCCCCAACAGCUUCAGUGCUCCUGAGACCCAGCCACGCUUCAUCGAGUCCAAGUGUAAAGUGUCUCCUGAUGUGGCCCGAUACAACAGCGCAGACGAUGACAAUGUGGCCCAGGUGCGCACGUUUUUCACGGAGGUGUUGAACGAAGCCGAGCGAGAGCGUCUGUGUCAGAACAUGGCCGGCCACCUGAAAGGAACUCAACUGUUUAUUCAGAAACGCAUGGUGCAAAACCUGAUGGCCGUUCACCCCGAUUACGGCACUCGCGUUCAAAGACUCCUGGAUAAAUACAACGCUGAAGGGAAAAAGGUAGAAAACAUUCUAUCAGUCUCACACACAUUCAUGUACACGGAAAAAAUUAAGAAAAAAUGUUGCUUAGAAAUUGCAAGUAAAUUGUACAAUUAAUUACAAAGA